AUGCCUACCACCCAAUCUUACUACUCCUCAUACCCUCAGAACUCAUAUCCCAUCCAAGUCCCACAGAAGCCUGGUUACUACUACCCGCCUCAGCACACUUAUGGUCGUGUGUCAGGAUCGCCACCAGAGGCACCAGAUAGCGUCACAACUUCCGGUGUAGCAUCCUACGAGCCAUCGGCAGCAUCCAGCAACUACGCCGGCAGCGCGAGCGACUAUGAAUCCACCAAUGGCGCCACGUCCGUGGACCUCCUCGACUACAUGGGUAACCGCCUGAACGGCUCGUUCGACCCAAUGCCAUUGGACCGUAGUCUCGCAAAGCAAGCGCAAACAUCCGGUGAGCUCAACGCCAAGCACCGCGAACUUCUUGAACUACAGCAACUGGCUCAGCGAAGACUCAUGGGCGCUCAAGCUAGCUUUGCUGAGGGCAUGAAAGCUGCAAAGGAAGUGCAGAAAGAUCUGCAAUGGACACAGAAGCGGGUAGAUGCUCUCAAUGACCGCGCAGCUCGCAAAUACCCAGAGCAAUUCAGGUCUGCUCAGCGACGCUACCCUGCGCCAGUCGACUACUAG